AUGGGAUUGUUCUCCAAGAAAAAGGUUAGAUCACAACAUGACUUGAAUUUUCCUUGUUUGAAUUUGAGAGUGACACCAGCGGUAGUGCCAUUACCAGGUGUGCUAUAUCGCAUUACAAUUCCGAGAUCAGAGGCAGCAUCCAUCUUAUCCGAAUUCAAGAAGCACCCAAAAUUGCAAGCACAGCAGAUUCUAAAGCAUAUCAGAACCUUUGAAAACGGUCAAAAUGUUAUAAAUGAUACUGUCUAUGAAUCUCUUAAGUAUUUUCAAGAAAACUAUUCACCACAAGAUAACUCCCCACUAUAUGUAUGCCUGGUCUCUUCAAGUGGUGUAAGCUGUUCCUAUGGUUGCAUCUCUAAAAUAUGCGGAGUUACUAUCCAAAGUAAAACAAUAGUAAUUUCAUUUAAGGGACUGAUGAGAGCCGAAGUUCAGAAUACUCUCUUAAACUAUACCAAUAAGCUAUGGGCUAGCCCGAUAACUAUCUCAGACGAGUUGGGGUUGAUAGAAAAAGAACACGAACAGUUGCAGAAAGCUGUGCAUCAAGCUUACAACGAAUUUCAUACAGUUGAUAAGGUUAUUGAAGAUUUCAAAAGUCAGUAUAGAAAAGCAAACAAUAAUAAUGAUGCUUACGGACACCUCCUACUCUUGUCCCCGUUAGCAAACACACUUUAUUUUCAACUGAAUCGUUCACAGUUUUCGAAAUCCUGGAGUUUGCUCAAGAACUUGUUUCUAGAUGCCGCACAAACCAAGAGCGGUCCCGAACAAGUACAAGAGUUUUUGACAUUAAUGGAUAUUACUAUGUCAUUAUUACCCACCACUUUUUCACAACGAGCAGAGUUCUUAUCUAUAAGCAGCGCAAAAGAAAGAUUCGAUAUAUUUUUGAAGCUUUUAAAAUCCUUUGAGUCAACGAUCUUGGAGACCUUAAAUGCAACAAAGUUUGUGCUUUAUCAUUUCCAAAAUUCGAGUGAUUUUGAUAGGUCUUUACUAAUAGCUAAACAACUUGAAUCCUUGAAAUUUUUUCUGGGUAGUAUCCAAAGAACACAAUCAAAUAAAGAUAUAAAGAAGCAACUAUCCACAGGAAGGCAAACAAGCGGUAUUCUUGAUGAGAAAACGUCAGAUGAAAAUGAUAUGAUAAGAGACUUUCUAGAUGAUCUAAAACAUAAGGGGGUCGAUCCUGAUGCGAUCAAAAUGCUUCUUAAAGACUUUAAAAAACUCUCGAAAAUAACUCCACAGAAUUCAGAGUAUCAAGUUCUAAGGAACUAUUUUGAUAUUAUAAUGGAUAUUCCAUUCGGGAAAAAAAUCAUCAAGAAAUCCCCUAUAGAUUUGAAGGGGUCUGAAAUUUUUUUGAAUAAGGAUCAUUAUGGGUUGGUAAAUGUUAAAAAACGUUUACUGGAAUAUCUAUCAGUUUUGAAAUUAAACGAAAGACUGAAAUCAAAAUCACCAACUUCAUCAAAGGCGCCUAUUCUUCUACUGGUUGGUCCCCCAGGAGUUGGGAAAACUUCAAUAGCCAAGUCAGUCGCAGAAGUUCUUGGAAGGAAAUUUCAACGAAUCUCACUAGGGGGCAUACAUAAUGAAGCUGAUAUUAGGGGUCAUAGGAGGACGUACGUUGGCUCGAUGUGUGGCCUGAUUGUCAACGCUUUACGGAAAAGUUCCUGUAUGAAUCCUUUGAUUUUACUUGAUGAAAUCGAUAAGGUACUGAAUGGCCAGGCUGGCGGACAUGGCGCAAGAAUAAACGGGGAUCCCGGUGCCGCCCUUUUGGAAGUGUUAGAUCCCGAGCAGAAUAACAGUUUCGUAGAUCACUACGUGGGAUUUCCACUAGACUUGUCGGAUGUUUUGUUUUUCUGCACUGCUAACCGUUUGGAUGAAAUAUCCGAACCUUUACUUGAUCGGAUGGAAAUCAUUGAAAUACCAGGUUACAACCCCGAAGAAAAGAUCGAAAUUGGUUCCAAGUACCUACUUCCAAAGCAAAUAAAAGCUAACGGCCUGACUAAAGUAAAUGUUAAUAUAAAACUGACAGAAGAAGCUUGGAAAAACCUCGUUUUCCAAUAUAUAAGGGAACCUGGUGUGAGAAAUUUGGAGCGAAAACUUGCAACGAUCGCUAGGGGUAAAGUGGUCGAAUUCGUUGAGAAUGAAAAAGAAAAUCAAGAAGAAAUCAUUGAAAGUGAUCAAUUAAUCAAAUACCUAGGCUUACCGAUGCAUCCGCUAUCCAAAGAUUUGAUGCAAAAAAUCAAAUUUGCGGAGAGGUAUGGGGUGGUUAAUGGCCUAGCUUAUAACUCAGAUGGUACGGGCAGUGUAUUGAUAUUUGAAGUCGUUUCAAAGGGCCGAACAAGGGACGAGCUAGGACCAAGGGUGAGUACAACGGGAAACUUAGGGUCAAUUUUAAAUGAAUCAAUUCAAAUUGCAACAACACUAGUCAAAUCAAUAAUACAAAGAGGCCUCAUCAGAGAUUUAUCUUCAAAGAUAGCAAGUAAAUUUUUAUCCUCUGAUCUGCAUCUUCACGUGCCGAUGGGCUCGGUAUCUAAGGACGGACCAAGUGCUGGUGUUGCUAUAGCGCUGUGCUUGUUAUCUAUGGCAUUAACCAAACCUGUUCCUGCAGAUCUCUGCUUGACAGGGGAAAUUACUUUAAGAGGCAAAGUAUUGCCAAUCGGAGGCGUGAAGGAAAAACUUUUAGGGGCUCAGAUGUAUGGAAUGAAGACAGUCUUGAUACCUGGUUCUAACAGAUCUGACGUCAUCGAAGCGGUGAUGGAUCCACAAGAGUUCCAAUCUAGCUUAGAAAAUGAAGAUUUGCCUGAACUGAAUGUGGUAAAUUCAAAGAUGAAUUUAAAUGUGCAUUAUGUUGAGGAUUUUUACGAUGUAAUUACCCAUUGUUGGUCGGCAAAGGUCACUGCACAUGACGUAUUACUAGGACCUGCCAGAGCAUCUCUUUGA